AUGGGCAAUAACCCCUCCCGUCCCCCGCAGCAGCAGCAGCAGCAGCAGCAGCAACAGCAACAGCAGCAGCAGCAGCAGCAGCAGCCUCCUCCACAGGCUCACCAACAUCACCAUCAUCUCUUCCAUCAAUCAUCGCACUCGUCUCCCACCUCUGCCCAGUCAUCGCCGCCUGCAGCUAACCUUCCUGCCCGUGCCGUCUCCAACGCGUCUGACGCGUCCCGGAAUAAAAGUGGUCGAAGGAAUAGCCUUCAGCCCCUUGCUUCCGUAAGGCACCAGCCCACGUCCCUACCCGCAGGUGUAGGUCCUCAAAACGAGGAUAAUUUAUCCGCGCGGAAUCCCGAUCCCAGGUAUUCCCGCAGGGAAAGCAUCGCCGAGACUAUUUCCGGCUCCCAUAUUGGUCCCCACAAGAAAGACUGCCCGAGUACGCCGUUGACGAUUGCUUCCGGUAGGGCGGUUGGUAAUGAUGAUAUCCCCCCAGGGUCUGCGCUGCCGCCGUCUGUGGCUGGAGUGGGUGCGGAUGGAAUGCCGAGGAGAGGCAGCAUGGCAUCGACUGCCACUAUCGAUGAAGACGAUGUCGAUGUGGCAGAUACCAGGACGAUUCCCACACUUAUACAAUGGCCGCAUGCCAACGAGGACAGGGUAUAUGUUACCGGGACCUUUUCCAACUGGAGAAAACGCUUCAAACUCAGCAGAAGCGCAAACGAUGAUAACUGGUCGGCUGUCGUUCCUCUCCCCCCCGGAACACACCACCUUAAAUUCAUCGUCGACGGGGAUAUGCGCACAUCCGAUGCCCUUCCUACCGCUGUCGAUCAUACCGGCAUCCUUGUCAAUUACCUUGAGGUCAAUGCCGACGACAUGCCUCCUCUUGGCCGUCAACUGACGCCAGAAUCCCUUAAUUCACCAAAUGCUCAUCCUCAUGGUCAUCACCACACAGACCACCCUCCACAUCAACAAAACAUCAUGGCGGGACUCGUAAAGGCCAAUAAGCGUUACACAAACGAGAUACCUGGCUUCCUUAGAGAUUUUAUCGACGGGUAUGGUGACGAUGAGGACCAUGGAAGAAAGAUUGGAUCGAAUGAGGGUGAUAUACCGGCACCCCCGAGUCUGCCGAUGAUGCUCCAAAAAGUCAUCUUGAAUACGAACGGCGCAAUGAAGGAUGAUGCCAGUGUACUGGGCAUCCCGAACCAUGUCGUGCUAAACCAUCUUGCUACCAGUAGCAUCAAACAGCAGGUUCUUGCUGUGAGCGCUACCACGAGAUACAGGAAGAAGUAUGUGACCACGAUAUUGUACAAAGCUACCACUGAAUGA